AUCGCAUCAGUUUGCGCAUCACCGCGAGCCCGAGGAGAAAAAUUUGUGACAUUCGGGAAUGUUUGUUUUGUGAUUGUUUGUAAAGUUGUUGAAUUUUUGCGGGGAUUUUCGAAGAGUUAUAGUGAUAAUUUUGGAUGCUUUGCGUUGCUGGCGCAAAACGUUUCAUCGCCAUCCAAAAUUGCGUUGCUUUCCGCGUUUGCUGUCCGUAUAAUUGCUUAACUCAUAUUCGGGAUGGCUCCCACCAAAAUGACCCCCGAGGACCAAGCGUUCAACAUCAGCUUCGUAGGCGAAGUAAAGAAGCAUCCUUGUUUGUUCGAUAGCAACAGCACCGAAUACAAGCAGGCACAGAUCCAGGACAAGGCCUGGAACGUACUUUCGGCAAGCGUCGGCGAAAGCGUCGAGAUGUGCAAGAAGCGCUGGCGGAAUCUGCGCUGCUGCAUGACAAGGUACCUGAAAUCCGUCCGGGAUAACGUAGACAGCAGCGCCAACCUACGGCGAAAACCGUACUAUCUGUACAAUCACAUGCAAUUCGUGGUUCCGUACUUGAAGAUGAAGGACAGCGAUUCCACUCACUACGAAUCGGAGGAUUCAAUUUGGAUCAAGAACAACGAAAGCGGGGAAAUGAUGAAAGCGGAAGAUAUAGCCGAGGAAGUUCAAGAAGAGGAUGAGGAAGAGCACGAAAUUGAAUCAAUCGAUGUGCAGGAGGAGGAUCAUCAGCAGAUCAAGCAGAGCAUCAUUCAGUCGAUCAAGAUACUUCCGAUGAAUCAGGAGAAUCAGUCACAGGAAACUACCACGACGUACGAAAUCAUUGAAGCGACCCCCGCCAAACAGCCACGCAUCGAGGCCAUCCACCAGGUGAGAGAGGUCACGCCGGUGUCCACUCCGCAGCACCAUCAACAGCCCACCAUAAUUAAAGCCAAGGACCAUGUCAGCUUCAAAAAUUUCACCUACUCCACUGUUACGCCAGCGCAGCAUUCUAGCAGCGGCACUACCGUGUACAGUUCGACGCCCACGAUCACCGGCCAAUAUACGCUACAGCAACAGCAGGCACCCGGUUCCAGCUCGACAAAUCAGCAGCAACGGUUGCAGCAGACCUCGCCAGCACAGCAGCAGGUUAAUGUGACCGGGACGACCGACGCGGACAAUAACUUUUUCAAGAGUCUCCUCCCCGACAUCCAGUCAAUGGACAUGAACCAGAAGCGGAAGCUGAAGAUCGGCAUCCUGCGGCUGAUCGACGAAAUACUGAGUAGCACGUAAAAGAGGUUCCCGUCUCAGUGAGAGCCUAUUCCCUGAGAAUAGAACGUGCGUAAUUAAGGUAGAUGUGUAAUAAUCGUCGGCUAGGCGUACAAUUUAGAAUAUUUUUUUUAGCUCCUUUUCAGUUGCAUGAUCUUGAAAGUAUACAUAGAUUGUACUUUACUUUACGCCAAUCAAUUUCAUUUGUUUAACAAGUCAUUAAACGCUGAGUAGGAGUGAAGUAUUUUCUAACGGAGAAUAAUGCUUUCUGUAUAAAUCAUGCAGAUAUGUCGAUUAUAUCACUAUUGUACAAGUGUAGUUUUAAUUGAUGAUAUAUAUGGUAAAUAAAGUUUUGACCCUAUCAGUAAAAA